UCAGAAAAUUACUCUUCUUUUCAUACCAUCCACAUCACUACAUGACACUCAGAAACGUCCUAAAUCAUCUCUUCCCGAAAAAAUGUAAUCCCGGCAAAAAUUCGGCAUGAGUUCGCAGAAAAGCUCCGCGCAGAAGGUGGUCAUCCCCAAGGGGAUGAUCGACCCCACCGAAACAACCAUCAUCGAAAUUCCCAGUUCCAUGAGAAAGAGGAACGUCGUCGUCGUCAAAAAAACCGAAAAUCUAUCUUCAGUCAGCUCUAAAAAAGGGAGCCGCUCCAGGAAAACCCAUCGCGCCACCACCACGAGGCACUUCAAUAGAAAAACGGACGACAUGCUCCUGCAGAACCAAAACGCUGGAUCCUCGCAGUCUCCAGGCGGAUCUUAUCACAUGUUGCCCAAACACCCGGGACUCUCGCACGCCUCUUUCGCCGAUUUCGCCGACGACCACCAGCUUGACCAGCUGCUGGAGGACCUGGACAGGUACUAUUGCACCCAGAAGCAGAUGCUCAUCAAUGCGAAGCUGAGUCGAACCUCCACUUGUCCUUGUCCUCCGAACACAAAAUUUACUCAAACCGACGUUACGAUUGAUAACAGCAAAUAUGAAAGCUUCAAAAAGGGAAUAUGUCCUACUAAAACGAGCGAACCUAUAGCAACACAGCUCAGCGUAAGCGCGCCGCAAUCUCAGUAUUCAAUGAAAAUGGAUUCGGGCGCGGAUAAAUCCUGCAGCUCCUGGAAUUCCGCACCUGUCCUUAAACCGCACUCCAGCUGCUCCUGCAGCAGCUCCCACGGAAAACUGUGCAAAACCACCAAUCAAAGUGGCCCUCACUCUCAACCGUUGCUAUCUGGACAACAUUUGGACUCUACCAGCAAAAUGGCCUGUUGUUCUAAACCUGAGCAACAAAAUUUCACAAUCAAAAGUUCCCCUUCCAAGCAAAGCAGUUGCGCCAUAUUGACUCCGUGCGAUUUGGAAUUGAUCAGAAGGCAGUUCGAAGAAGCCUCGAGGAAGCUGCAAGACAUACUCAGUUCGCAGAAGAACGACCCGUCUUUGCUGAAAAAGAAGAAGCGUUAUUAA